AUGUCGCAAUCACAGGUCCCUUCUCGAGCAGGCCACUAUAACAUGACAGCCUUGGCAAAUGCGCUCCCGCAGGCCAACUACCGACAGGCUCCCUGGAACAACGGUUCACAGAUGCGAUACAAUCCGGCAGGUGCUUCACCAAACGUCGUUGGCCAGACGCAAUCCUCGCCUCAGUACAACGGACAGCCUGGAAUGGGUUCCAUGCCCAACCAAGGUUACUACAUGCCGCAGCAGCAGCAGCAGCAGCAGCAGAUGCCACAAUAUUACGGGGGCCCAAUGUCUCCCUCGCAACCCCAGCCGAAUAUGUCUUCCAGACCCAAUGUCCCAUUUUACGGCAAUCAAGUCAUGUCAAAUCAUCAAGCCCAUCCGUCUAUGGGGUAUUACUACGCUCAGGUGCCCGCGUAUGCGCUACAGGGACAUCCUCCCCAUCAAGCCCCAGUUGAUAGCCAAUCCAACGUUGUCCGUGGUCCGCCGAGAAAGCCUCGACAAAGCGGUCAUGCAAUUUGGAUCGGAAACUUGCCGUCCCAGACAGACUUGAUGAGCUUGGUUCACCAUGUUUGCAGGGAGGCUCAGGGCCUUGAGUCCCUGUUCUUAAUCUCCAAAUCAAAUUGCGCGUUUGCCAAUUUCAGAGACGAGGCCAGCUGUCUCACUGCCCAACAGAAGCUACACGAAUCCAAGUUUCAGUCUGUCAGACUUGUCAGUCGCUUGAGGAAAAAUACAGUCGAGGGAGCAUCGGGAAUUACAGCGCCAACCGGCCCGUCCGCAACCACUCCGCAGCAGGCCGUAGCGCCGGAGGUCAAGGAAAUAGAGCAGAUAGACUCGACUGAAACUCAGUCAGACAACGCCGAUACCGAUACCCCUACCGCUGUGGGCACUCCGGAUGCGAAGGGCCCUGCGGUAGUCGAUGCAGCGCAGAAGGACAGGUUCUUUGUUCUCAAGAGUCUGACGGUUGAGGACCUGGAUCUUAGUGUUCGAACUGGGAUCUGGGCAACUCAGUCACACAAUGAGGAGGCACUAAACAGUGCCUUCAAGAAUGCAGAGAAUGUCUACCUUGUGUUUUCGGCCAACAAAUCUGGAGAGUAUUUCGGCUAUGCACGAAUGGUUUCUACUAUCAACGAGGAUCCAGCUGCUGCUAUCGAGUUCGCUCCCAAAGCCCAAUCCGUCAAUGAAGUCGACCUGCCGAGAGAAAUACCAACGGAGCCGACCAAAUUCACACCCAAAGGACGGAUCAUCGAUGACUCUGCAAGGGGCACGAUUUUCUGGGAGAUUGCCCGAGAGGACUCCAGCGAAGGAGUAACACAGGAAGAACCCGCACCAGCCGUCGCGGAGCAAGAUGAUACGACUGGUGGGCUUGAUGGCAACUCCGAGAAUAAGACAUGGGGCAAACCAUUCAAGUUAGAGUGGUUGAGCACGACCAGACUGCCUUUCUACAGAUGUAGAGGUUUGCGCAACCCGUGGAACUCGAACAGAGAGGUCAAGAUUGCUCGUGAUGGCACUGAAUUGGAGCCAUCCGUCGGCCGCCGACUUAUUGGGUUAUUCAACCGCAGCCACAACAGCCCGGGACCAAGGGGACCGAUGAUGGGCAUGGGCCAGAUGAUGUCCCCAUCGCAGCAGCAGAUGCCGAUGGGAUAUCCUCCUCCAUAUUCCUAGGACAGUAAUACGUGGUCAAUUCGGAAGACGAUAUUUGAUUUCAAAGUUCUGGAUUAUGCGGUUUGGGAGGACGAGGAAGCUUUUUAGUCCUAAUUGUCUAUACAGUUAUCUCCUUGAAAAGCUGGGACAGCCUGGGGCUUCAAGCGUUACAUAUUCUAAUCUGGCCGGAGCUAUCGAGAAUCACAAAAGAGCUAUGGAAUGAUUGUGGAUGGUUAAUUGAGUACCUAUCUCGACGGAGUAUUGAGUGCGACGGCCAGGGUUCUCUUCCCGAUAAAUUCAAAAGUUCUUUUUACCUGGAUCUACUAC